AUGACUAUCAUUCCAUGGAUUACGGCGAAGCCAGCAUUUGACCAAUCAAAGGAUAUGCCUAAUCUUGAAGGCAAGGUCAUUUUCGUCACUGGUGGGACCAACGGGCUGGGCAAACAGGCCGUCCUGGAAUUCGCCCGCCACAAACCGGCGCAGCUCUGGCUCGCAGCACGAAACCCCACCGUCGCAGAGCAAACGAUCCAAGAAAUUCGAAUGGAAGUACCAGAUGCGCCUAUACAAUACGUUCAACUUGACCUAGCGUCUUUUGCCUCCAUCCGGAGCGCCUUUAACACAUUUCAAGAGAAGUCGAAACGACUCGACAUCCUCAUGCUCAAUGCCGGCAUCACUGCGGCGCCAUGUGGGUUGACUGACGAUGGCUACGAGAUCCAAUUCGGUACCAACUACCUCGGGGGCGUGCUUCUUACCAAGCUUUUACUGCCAACCCUGCUCGCUACCACCAAGAAGCCUAGCGCAGAUACACGUGUUGUCUUCCUCGGGUCUGAAGCAGCCUCAAUGGCCCCUUCAGAGGGCAUUCUCUUCGACUCACUCAAAACAGAGAUUGAGAAAGAGGGUGCAUGGGUCAAAUACGGCCAAAGUAAACUUGCGGUCAUCCUGUAUGCGCGUGAGCUAGCGCGUCGAAACCCCGAGCUCAAAGUCUCCGCCGUUCACCCCGGUUUCGUGGACACCAAUUGGGCAGAGUCAUGGAAAAGUUCAAGCUUCUUCCUUCGGGCUCUGUAUCCACUCAUGAGGAUGGCGUCGAUUGGGGUGGAGGACGGAGUACGGAAUCAACUGUGGGCGUCGGUAUCCCCAGAUGUAAUAAGCGGAACUUACUACGUGCCAGUUGGGCAGCCUGGGCAUAAAGAUGGAGUAUUGGUGAACAAUGCACUUGGAGCUAGAUUGUGGGAAUGGACAGAGGCGGAGCUAGAGGGUUUGCAUUGA